AGGUGGAUUUUAUUUUUAAUCGCGAAUUUUUUAAUUUAUUAGUUGCGUAUCACUUGAAAACUUGUCGCGAAUUCCUACUCCUAACCUAAUUUACCUAAUCGCCGGAAAUCCCGACCAGUGUCGAAGACCUACGAUGACCCAAAGUGACCUGAAACGGCGACAUUUGAUGACACUUCCGGCGCGUUCGAGAACAGCUGUAAACCUGUAAACUAAAUAGUAAAUAGGCUGAAUAGUUUUCGUUUCCUCACAGGAAAACUGAAAGGAGUCGGUGCAACCGGCCAGUGUUUUAUAUAGCCUAGGUAUUAAAAUUUGUAAGAUGACAAGCGAAUUGUCAGAAAAGAUUCUGGAGUAUUUAUCCAAAUGCGAUGAGAUCGAUUCACUCGAUUUGGCGAAAAUUUUCCAAGAAGAUCACCAGAAAGUGAUUGGGGCAAUUAAAAGUCUCCAAGCUAUUGGAAACUUAAUCAACGCGAAUCAAGUAAAUACGAAAAGAUGGGAACUGACAGAGGAAGGUCAGCACGUUUUAAAAUUUGGAAGUCACGAAGCUGCGGUUUAUAACGCAAUUUCGGAAAACGGUUCACCGCAAGCUGAGAUAAUGAAAACCGUAACUUACGCAAAAGUAGGACUGUCAAAGGCACUUGCAGCUGGCUGGGUAGAAAUAGACAAAAAUGACAAGUCCGUAGUCAAAAGAAAAGUAGCUUCCAUCAUCGAUACUCCUCAAGUUCAUUUAAUGAACCUUUCUGAAGUUCCAGAGAAUAUUAAAAAGGAGUACAAGAAGAGAAAAUUCCUUCAGGAAGUCGUAAUAAAAAGCGUCUUGCUAAGCAAAGGCGAAUCCUUCUCCACUAAAGUCGAAAAACAAGAAGCUGACGUGACAGCCGAUUUACUAGUCAACGAUGCCUGGAAGGAGAAAAAGUUUAAACCUUACAACUUUGACGCCCUGGGCUCAGCUCUCGAUGUUGGUCAUCUACAUCCUUUGCUGAAAGUUCGUGCCGAAUUUAGGAAAAUUUUCCUUGAAAUGGGAUUCACUGAGAUGCCGACAAACAAUUAUGUUGAGAGUUCCUUUUGGAAUUUUGACGCUCUUUUCCAACCUCAACAACAUCCUGCGAGAGACGCUCAUGAUACGUUCUUUGUUGCUGAGCCAAAAUUGAGUACAUGCUUCCCCGAGAAUUACUUGAAGAAGGUGAAGGAAGUGCACAGCGUUGGAGGCUACGGAUCCCAGGGUUAUCGAUACGAUUGGAAAUUUGAAGAAGCUCAAAAAAAUCUUCUUCGCACCCACACGACAGCUGUGAGCGCACGAAUGUUGUACAAACUCAUGCAGGAUGGUGAAUUCAAGCCGGUAAAGUAUUUCAGCAUCGACAGGGUUUUCCGGAAUGAAACUUUGGAUGCGACCCAUCUUGCCGAAUUCCAUCAGAUCGAGGGUGUCGUGGCUGAUUUUGACCUUUCCCUCGGAGAUUUAAUCGGCACUCUUUACGAAUUCUUCAGCAAACUUGGCAUCACGCAGCUUGAAUUCAAACCUGCUUAUAAUCCUUACACCGAACCGAGCAUGGAAAUAUUUUGUUUUCAUAAUGGAUUGGGAAAAUGGAUCGAAAUUGGAAACAGUGGGAUUUUCAGACCUGAAAUGUUACUUCCCAUGGGCCUCCCCGAAAAUGUCAAUGUCAUUGCCUGGGGAUUAUCUUUAGAAAGGCCGACUAUGAUUAAAUACGGUUUAAACAACAUAAGAGACUUGGUGGGACCCAAAGUCGAUUUACAGAUGGUACACGACAAUCCGCUCUGUCGACUAGACAAAAACGAUCCCCGAUCAGUGCAAGAGAAGAGAAGAAAAAGCGACGAGUUGUCGAAAAGCAUUGUCAAUCAGAGACAAGAAACAUGUGUUCAGGACAUUGUCAUCUUCUGCGACCCAAAAUAUCCACUCUAUACUCUGGAGACUCUGCUAUCAAUUUUUAAACGGGAUUUUUCAAUAUCUGUAUCAGUACAUUCGCACUCGUCGGUUCAGAAACUUCCCGAUCAUCUUGUAGAAUUUUGUUCAGAAUUUAGAACGAGUAGAAAAAACGUGGAUUUUGAAAUCACCUUCAUUUGGAAAAUUGUGGGGGUCGAUCCGCAAAUGCAAAUCUCGGCAAUAAGAGAAUUUUCGGGAGAAACUAAUAUUGCUCGUUUUUUGAAUCGUCUAGUCGAAGAGAGGAAACCAAAUCUUUUAAGGUAUGAGAGCAACGGGGCACUUUACGCCUAUCAAAUUGACGCGUUCCUUGAUCGGAUCAAUGAGAGUUUACAUUGUUUGGAUAGUAAAAAUAAAUUGAAAAAUCUACGUGCUUUAAUCAAAGGACAGUAUCUAAUGGGAGAUGAAAUUUCAAUAGCUGACAUCGUUCUUCAAUCGAUUUGCCGAAAUCUUGGAAAAUAAAGUUUUACAAAUCU